AUGAAGAGGAGGAAGCCUGAAGAUGGGGGCCAGGUAUGUCCGCUGUGCAGUGCCCCUUUGACUGGGAGCGAGGAGGAGAUGAGUAGACAUGUGGAACAAUGCCUCAUCCAGCGUGAGGGUGCUCUGGACGAUGACUCGAUUGACAUGGACGGUGAAAACGGCAGAGGAUUCGAAGAGUAUGAGUGGGCAGGACAAAAAAGGAUCCGAGCAACAGCAUUACUAGAAGGGGGUUUCAGAGGAACGGGAUUUGCGACAUGCAGCAUCAAGGAGAGUGGUGCAGACAGCGACGCAGACCUGGAUGUGGACGGUGACGAUACUUUGGAGUACGGGAAGGCUCAGUACACUGAAGCCGACAUCAUCCCAUGCUCAGGCGCUGGCGAGGACCAGGGGGAGGCCCGAGAACGAGAGGCGCUACGGGGAGCUGUACUCAAUGGUGGAGUGCCUUCUAACAGAAUAACACCAGAAUUCUCAAAAUGGGCAAGUGAUGAAAUGCCUUCAACGAGCAACGGGGAAAGCAGCAAGACAGACAGCAGUACCCCAUGUUCUUCCUCUUCCGCCGCAAACGUCCCACGCACUUGUAAAAACAGCGAAAUUGAAAAGUAG